AUGAAUUUUUUCAUAAAGUUUCGUAGGCAUUUGCGAAGGAUGGUGAUCUUACUAGCCGCCUUUUGCAUGGUGAGUGUUAUUAUAUCAGCUUAUUACCUAUAUACAGGCUACAAACAAGAGCUGGAAAUUUCUAAGCCAACUCCAGAACAAGACUGUGGAGAUCCCAAACUUCUACCAUACAGAUUGUUUGAAAUGAAAACUGCAAAACCGAUUGACACAUCUAGAGCAGACCCUAUGGUCCUAGUAUUUGUCGAGAGUCAAUAUUCACAGCUGGGACAGGAGAUUGUGGCAAUUUUAGAGUCAAGCCAUUUUAAACACCACACUGAAAUUGCCCCUGGUAAAGGGGACAUUCCUGCCCUAACAAACAAGGACCGGGGCAGAUAUGCACUUGUUAUAUAUGAAAAUAUUUUAAAGUAUGUGAAUAUGGACUCCUGGAAUAGAGAGCUGCUGGAUAAAUAUUGUAUGGAGUACAAUGUUGGCAUUAUAGCAUUUCACAAAGCUAAUGAGAAUAGUUUACUGAGCUCACAAUUAAAGGGUUUUCCACUGAACCUGCACACCAACCUUGCCCUCAAAGAUUGCUGUAUCAACCCACGAUCUCCUUUGCUGCAUAUCACCAAAGCUAAAGAAAUUGAGAGAGGCCCACUACCAGGAGAAGACUGGACUGUCUUCCAGUCAAAUCACUCCACCUAUGAACCUGUGUUACUAGCCAAACCAAGAUCCACUGAAAACAUUCUACACCAGAUCGGCGAUGAGAUUCUGCACACCACUGUGGUUCAGGAUCUGGGGCUCCAUGACGGCAUUCAGCGAGUUCUCUUUGGAAACAACCUGAACUUUUGGCUGCACAAACUUAUUUUCGUUGAUGCAAUCAGCUUCCUUUCAGGGAAAAAGUUGACACUGUCUUUGGAAAGGUGCAUUCUGGUGGAUGUUGAUGACAUAUUUGUUGGGAAGGAAGGAACGAGGAUGAAUGUUAAUGAUGUAAAGGCAUUACUUGAAACUCAAAACCUCUUGCGAACCCAGGUUCCCAACUUUACCUUCAACCUUGGAUACUCUGGAAAAUUCCAUCACACAGGGACACUUGCUGAGGAUGAAGGUGAUGACCUGCUCCUAAAGUACGUGAAUGAAUUCUGGUGGUUCCCCCACAUGUGGAGUCACAUGCAACCUCAUCUCUUCCACAAUGAGUCAGUGCUGGCUGAGCAAAUGAUUCUCAACAAGGAGUUUGCAUUAAAACAUGGCAUUCCCAUUGACAUGGGCUAUGCCGUGGCACCACAUCACUCUGGAGUCUACCCAGUCCAUGUGCAGCUCUACGAGGCUUGGAAGAAGGUAUGGGGCAUCAAAGUGACCAGCACUGAAGAGUAUCCACAUUUGAAACCCGCACGAUACAGGCAUGGCUUCAUUCACAGUGGCAUCAUGGUACUUCCACGACAGACCUGUGGCCUUUUCACCCAUACCAUAUUCUACAAGGAGUACCCUGGAGGUCCAAGAGAACUGGAUAAAAGCAUCAGAGGAGGAGAACUUUUCCUCACUGUUCUCCUUAAUCCAAUCAGCAUUUUCAUGACACAUUUAUCCAACUAUGGGAAUGAUCGACUGGGACUUUAUACGUUUGUGAACCUGGCGAAUUUUGUCCAUUGCUGGACCAACCUGAAGCUGCAAACGAUGCCCCCUGUGCAGUUGGCACACAAAUACUUUGAGCUCUUUCCAGAACAAAAGGACCCACUCUGGCAGAAUCCAUGUGACGAUAAACGACAUAAGGAUAUCUGGUCUAAAGAGAAAACCUGUGAUCGUUUACCAAAAUUUCUGGUUAUUGGACCUCAAAAAACAGGCACCACAGCUUUGUACUUGUUCCUAAUUAUGCAUCCAGCCAUCACCAGUAAUUUCCCCAACCCAAAGACCUUUGAAGAAGUGCAGUUCUUCAAUGGGAAUGCCUAUCACAAGGGAAUUGAUUGUUCUGAUGAAGAGUCAUUCGGACUUCAAACGUUAACUAUAUCCCUCUCCGCAGAUGCUGUGAAAAUAAUGAAAAUAAUCACCAUUCUCAUCAACCCUUCAGAUCGGGCCUACUCCUGGUACCAGCACCAGCGAGCGCAUGAAGAUCCUGCUGCUCUUCGGUAUAGUUUUUAUGAGGUGAUCACAGCAGGUCGGCGGGCUGUUCCAGAGCUUAGGGCCCUUCAUAAUCGGUGUCUGGUGCCUGGCUGGUAUGCAGCUCAUAUUGAAAGGUGGCUAACAUACUACCCAACUAGACAGUUACACAUUAUAGAUGGGCACAAGCUGAGGACUGACCCUGCUGCAGUAAUGGAUGGUGUGCAGAAAUUCCUUGGAGUUUCCCAGUACUACAAUUAUUCUCAGGCCCUCACGUUUGAUCCUCAGAAGGGCUUCUGGUGCCAGUUGCUUGAAGGAGGGAAGACAAAGUGUUUGGGGAAAAGCAAAGGCAGAAGGUAUCCAGCGAUGGAUUUAGAGUCUAGAACAUUCCUCUCACAAUACUACAAGGACCACAAUGUUGAACUCUCCAAGCUGUUCUACAGACUGGGUCUGCCAUUGCCAUCUUGGCUGAGGGAAGAACUACAAAAAGUGAUGAGAUAG